AUGUCGGAAGCAUCUCUUCUUGCUUCUCCUUUUCUUCACGCCAAUUCAGGAAUCCAUUCCGAUUCUUUCUACGCCUCGCUUAUCGAUGGUUCUACACAUAAAGCUCAGCUUAGGCAGAUCCACGCACGUUUACUGGUUUUGGGUUUGCAGUUUAGUGGUUUCUUGAUCACCAAGCUCAUUCACGCAAGCUCUUCCUUUGGUGACAUUUGUUUCGCACGCCAAGUGUUCGACGAUUUACCUCGCCCUCAGAUAUUCCCUUGGAAUGCUAUAAUAAGGGGUUAUUCAAGAAACAAUCUCUUCCAAGAUGCGCUUUUCAUGUAUUCCAAGAUGCAACUCACUCGUGUUUCUCCUGAUUCUUUCACUUUUCCUCAUCUUCUGAAAGCUUGCAGCGGUUUGUCUCAUCUUCAGAUGGGUCGACUCGUUCAUGCUCAGGUAUUCAGGCUUGGAUUUGAGGCGGAUGUGUUUGUUCAGAACGGUCUCAUUGCCUUGUACGCAAAAUGCGGGCGUAUGAACCGCGCGAGAACUGUGUUUGAGAGAUUGCAAAUGGCAGAGAGAACGGUAGUCUCAUGGACGGCUAUCAUUUCAGCUUAUGCUCAGAAUGGUGAGCCUGUGGAGGCUCUCGAGAUUUUCAGUCAGAUGAGGAAGAUGGAUGUGAAGCCUGACUGGGUAGCUCUCGUUAGCGUCCUCAAUGCUUUCACAUGUUUGCAGGAUUUGGAGCAAGGGAGAGCUAUUCACGCUUUUGUAGUGCAGAUGGGUCUUGAAACAGAGCCUGACUUGCUCAUUUCUCUCAACACCAUGUAUGCAAAAUGUGGUAAAGUCGCAGCUGCCAAGAUUCUGUUUGAUAAAAUGAAGUCACCCAACUUGAUUUUGUGGAACGCCAUGAUCUCUGGCUAUGCGAAAAACGGUUAUGCCAAGGAAGCUAUUGAUAUGUUCCAUAAGAUGAUCAAUAAAGAUGUCAGACCUGACACCAUCUCUAUAACAUCUGCCAUUUCGGCUUGUGCUCAAGUAGGUUCUCUUGAACAGGCCCGCUGGAUGGAUGAAUAUGUAGGCAGGAGCGACCACAGAGAUGACGUUUUCAUUAGCAGCGCCCUAAUCGAUAUGUUUGCUAAAUGUGGAAGUGUGGAGUGCGCAAGAUCAGUUUUUGACCGAACACUUGACAGGGAUGUUGUGGUGUGGAGUGCUAUGAUUGUUGGAUAUGGAUUGCACGGGCUGGCAAGAGAAGCAAUCAGUCUGUACCGUGCAAUGGAGCGUGGUGGAGUGCUUCCCAAUGAUGUCACUUUUUUGGGGCUUCUCAUGGCAUGUAACCAUUCAGGCUUGGUAAGAGAAGGCUGGUGGUUCUUCAACCGGAUGAUGGAUCACAAGAUAAAUCUGCAACAGCAACACUAUGCAUGUGUCAUUGAUCUUCUUGGGCGUGCUGGUCAUCUGGAUCAAGCUUAUGAAGUCAUCAGAAGCAUGCCGGUCCAGCCUGGUGUAACGGUUUGGGGAGCUCUCCUAAGCGCGUGCAAGAAGCAUCGCCACGUGAGCCUAGGAGAAUAUGCAGCUCAACAACUUUUCUCAAUAGACCCAUCCAACACAGGCCACUAUGUGCAGCUCUCUAAUCUGUAUGCUGCAGCACGUUUGUGGGACAGAGUUACAGAGGUGCGAGUGAGAAUGAAGGAGAAAGGAUUGACCAAAGACGUUGGAUGCAGCUGGGUUGAAGUAAGGGGAAAGUUGGAGGCUUUUCGGGUAGGUGAUAGGUCACAUCCAAGAUAUGAAGAGAUUGAAAGAGAAGUAGAGUGGAUCGAGAGUAAACUGAAGGAAGGUGGAUUUGUGGCGUACAAAGAUGCUUCACUACACGAUCUCAACGAUGAAGAAGCCGAGGAGACUCUGUGCAGCCACAGCGAGAGGAUAGCGAUUGCAUAUGGGCUUAUAAGUACACCCCAAGGGACAACACUGAGAAUCACAAAGAAUCUGAGAGCUUGUGUGAAUUGUCACGCCGCUACAAAGCUCAUCUCAAAGCUUGUAGGCAGAGAGAUUGUCGUGAGAGACACGAAUCGGUUCCACCAUUUUAAGGAUGGAGUAUGUUCGUGCCGUGAUUACUGGUAA